CAACAACAUCUUGCUUGAUUUGGUUUCUCAACUUUCUGUUUUGUGUUUUUCUUUGCACCUUUGCUCCGCUCAUUUCCGGCUAUUGAAUUGGCUAUUGGGGGGAAAAUAUUUCGACAUUUCAGCAAGAGGUCGUUUUGAUUUUAUCAGUUUACUAUAGGGCCUAGAUCUUGAGCCAUGGAAGGUUAUUACCCGCCUGGUUUCUACUGCCCUGAAAGAGAUCAACAGGGAAAACAGACAACAUCAACAACCUUCACAACAGCAGCAACAUCAACAACAAGAUGUUGCACCGUACCCCAUGGACCUACCAUACCACACAACCUCACAGCAUCAGCCUGAGUUUGUAGUUACUUGUAGAGAUAAUCCCGAUGGCAGCUAUCAUACAGCUAAACUGGAUCAGCCUCUCAGACCAUUCCCUGUAGGCCUACAUCCUGGUGCUCCGAUAUUGCGCUCUAUUUAUCAAGAUUCUGACCCUCUGAUCCCAGCCUCGGAUAUUAUGAACCACCAAGUCCACCAGCAGACACCAGUCACUGUUGGUGUAGGAGGUCACGGGGUCAAAUCAUCAAAUCUACCAGCAAGCCUCGUUCCACCCAUCACAACUCAUGAACCAGUGGCGGAGAGAAAUAACUUUGUUGUUGCAACUUGUGAACCAGUUGUAGAGAACAACAUUUCAUCGAUAGCAACUUGUCAACCAGUUUUAGAGAGAAAUAGCCUACCCGUUAGAACUUAUGAAUCGGUUGUAAAUGGCAACACCCAACAGUCACAAGGCCAGACACCUAUUGCCCCAACUCCCUCUCAGGAAACUCAAGACGAUGAACAUAGAGAGCAGCAUCCAACCUCCUCACACCACCCAAUCGCAAGUCCUCCAAUCAGUAAUGACUCGAGCAAGGCGGUGGAGCCUCUGGUAACUUGUAACGUAGAAGAGAGUAGUGAAGUUACAUCUCGUGCCCCUGAGCUGCCGCAGAGUCUCUUGUUUAAAACUUCAUCUAAAGAGGAAACACAGCUGCUUGCCGCCCUCAAUCUCAAAAAGACCAAGUCUAUUCAAGAUCUUCCACAGAAUCUCUCGUUUAGAGCGACAUCGGAGGGCAAGGUUGAUGGCGUGAUUGCCAAGGAGAGGAUAGAGAAAGAAGUGGAUUUUGGACCAUACACAGGAACACUGCUCGAUGAGGAGCAGGGAUGGUCUAUAGAUACAACAUGGGAGAUUUGUAUCUCGGAUAGAGUGCAUUUCUACCUUGAUGGACAUAAUAACUGGAUGUCUCAUCUAAGAUUUGCCCAGACGGACAAGGAAGAGAAUAUGGAAGCUUUCCAAUCCUACGGCAAAAUCUAUUUCCGAAGCACAAAGGUUGUUGAACCAGGAAGUGAACUAAAAGUGUUCUACAGUGAGGAUUAUGCCAAGCAUGUUGGAAUACAGACUAGAUUGAAGGAUCUGCACUUUAAGCAGGAUUCACAGAAGUUCCAGUGUAGCCAGUGUGCAGAUCUGUUCACAUCUGCUAAACUUAUCCUGAGGCACAUCACCAUAUGUGAACACACCAGUCGUACAGCAAUUAAGGUUCUACCUGUGCCUACAAAGAAGGAGAAAAAGAAAAUAUCAGCUAGAAAUAAGAAAAGUGCUAAACAGCCACCCAGGAAGAGGAAAAAAGUGAGCAACAAGGAAGGAUGUGCUUUUAAGUGUGGUACCUGUGAGAAGGUCUUUGAUUCUCGCGGGAGACUAAAGGCCCAUGAGCAGUUUCACGAUUACAACCAGGACCACACUUGUCCUGUGUGUGGGAAGAGACAGAGAAAUGCUCAGACGUGGGCAAGACACAUGAUGCUGCAUAAACCAGGGAACGAAGCCAGGCCCCACAAGUGUAAUGAAUGCAACGGAAGGUACAAAUCGAAAGCUGCGCUCCGGAAACAUGCGAAUGAGAUCCAUGGGUACCCUUGCCGGUUUUGUAAAGAACGGUUCUUGAAAAAGAAAGACUGUCUGAAUCAUGAACUGACACACCAAUCUUUCUUAACAUCCCAUUCUGGUGCAACAACCGACCCAUCUGCAAUGCUUGUUUCAUCUGCAAUGGUUCUUCCAUCUGAAGCAACAAAUGCUACAGCAGAACCAUCACCUGAUAAGCCAAAGGAUAUGCUUGGUAAAACUGCUACCUUCUACCUCAGAAAUCGCCCGUACAAGUGCCGCUUCUGCCCUAAGACCUAUCUAACCCGCAACGUUGCCCUUGUUCAUGAGAGAGAGAUGCACUUUGGAGACCGAGCCUACAACUGCAGUCAUUGCUCAAAGUCUUUUGGUAAGGAAUCCAUGCUGGUGGCACACCUUAAGAAUCAUGAGCAGCAUCGCAUGUAUCGCUGCACGCACUGUCCAAAAACUUUCAGGUCCGAGAGUGCCUUUAACAAUCACCAAGGAGAGCACAAUGGACUGAAACCAUUCAAGUGUGAGCUUUGUGGUCGAGGAUUCAGAGUUAGAAAAGGAGUAACUCAUCACAAGCGACGCAUGCAUCAGGAUCGCCCUAUGCGUUUCUUCUGCUCCGUCUGCAAUAAAGGAUUUACUGAUAGAGGAAACCUGAUAAAACAUGAACGUCGUCAUGAUGGUUUUAGGCCCUUUGAGUGUUUGGAAUGCGGAAGCAGAUUCACAGCAAAGUGUUCCCUCGAGAAUCAUGCACGUACACAUGUGGCAGAGAAACCAUUUUCUUGCGAGAUCUGUGGUAAAACCUUCCCGCGGAAUGAUUAUUAUACUCAUCACAUGUUCAAACAUAAACUAGAGGAUGAAGGGAUUUUGGGUAAGGGCGUAGAAGGAUAGAUGGCAAACAUCAUUAGUGUUUUGUUACCUUAAUGACAGAUGAAUCAAUGAUCAAAUUCAAUUCAGUUUAAUACAGCCAUAAAUGAAUACUGUUUCAAAAGCAGACACAUUGGUAUGAAAUGUUUGUGAAUUGUUCAGGCUUA